GAAUCAAAACAAGUUGAAUACUUGGCUUCGAUAAACAACACGCUCCCACAGAGAAUCCAAAAACUCAUUUUCCGAGACAAAUUUGAGCCAUUAGCAUCGACUAGACUAGUUAAAGACGUMUCUCCUAGUCUAAAAAUUAUUGUUUGUGCUUUGGUUUUGAUUAAGAAGUGCGUUYUUAAAGCGGAUCUAUGUGUUUACUGGAAGGAUAUCGUAGUGUUGUUGGUCGAUGAGACCCGACAUGGCGACCUACGAAGACCUAGUGAAAUGUGGAUAUUUAGAUAUGAAACUGCCGAGAAAGGAACGUAAAGUAGCUCAAAAGGCUUGGAAAAGAAAAUGGUUUGUUUUAAGAAGAAGAUCCAAGCGAGGGAAAACCCRACUUGAGUAUUACCACAGUGAAAAAGCCUGCACAGACGGCAAACACAGGACAGUCAUUCCAUUAGAUGGAGUCACAAGUAUUAAUCAUGCUCACUCGAGGACUCAUGAAUAUGCUUUUCAUGUUGCGGCACAUGAAGUGAAGUUAUUUUUGUGUGGAUAUAAUGAACUCAACACACAUGAAUGGGUUAGACUUAUAAAGGAACUGGUAUUACCUGAACCUAAGAUGUUCCCUUCGGUACCAGGAGGAGAUAUAUAUGGUCUUUAUGAAAUAUCUGUUAUACAAACUUCAGACUCAGAAAAAAUUGGUUUAUCAGGGGAUUAUCUCAUCACAGUUAGAAAAGAAUACUUAUGUCUACACAGCAUGAAAACAGGGUCAGAAGUUAUGCAGUGGGAGUUGGAAUAUCUGCCUAGCUUUAGACUACAAAGAUUGUCUCAUUUACAGGAUAUUGAUAAAGUUCUUGUCAUAAAAGCUGCAAGCAACUGUAAAAGUGGAGAAGGAGAAUUUCACUUUCUAACGCGUCAAGGACGAGAAAUACUCGAAUGUGUGAAAUGCCAAACCCAAAGACUCUUUUCCUUACGCMGUAUAAACAUGCACAAACAAACACAUGUGAGACGACAAUCUGUGGACUCAGUGCCUAAUACACGCUCAUCCGGCAAUGAAACAAAUGACAGUUUAACAAGUACGGCAUCAUGUUGUGAGACAGAAUCUAGAGAACGGUCUAUUAGCAUGUCAAGCCAUCCCUCAAGUCAAUCAGGCAACCCUUCUUCAGGCAAGCACUCACCAAGGCAGGACUCAUCAGAACAGCAAUCACCUAACAGUUCACCUACGAAGCUGACACCUAAGCAACAAUCACCAGGGCAACCUUUGACUGGGAAAAUUUUCGGUGACCAGAAAAGAGAACUUAAAAAAGAAAGUGGAAAGCCAUUAUUGUGCACUCCAACGUAACUAUAAUUAUGUUGGUUUUCAAGCUACUUUUUGGCGUUGGCUUGGAUUCGUUGUUUCGUUUGUUUGUUGUUGUUUUUUUUGCAAGCAUUUGUUUAUUUGUUGCUCAGUUGGAUUUAUUUUCCUAUGUGCUUUUUUGUGGUAAAUCAAAAAAUUGGUUUCCUAGCAACAGAAGAUUUAUUUAUAAUGAUGUGAAUACACAUGUACUAUAAUUAUUAUCAAAAGAAAUAUAGAGAUAUAGAAAUUUUGCUAUUUUUUUAUAAAAUGAUACCUGACACACGUUUGGGAAUAUAUACUUCAUCUCGCCUUCUUGAGUUAUAUAAAUGAGGAAAAUAUCCUCCAGUUAAUGUUAGAUCAAGAUUUUUCAUUUCAUGGCAUUACCACAGAACUUUAGGGAUCUUUACAAGUAAAUUUAAAGCAAUCUAUCUUUGGAUUCACCUCCUUAAUGAACAAAAUGCCUGCUCUAAUAUUGAAUCCACAAUACAAAAGGGAAUUUGUAUGUGUUAGAUACUGCCAGUAAUGGUAAGGAUUAUUGAGUAGUUACUGGUUAGGAUUACAUGUAGUUAGGUAUGUUGAAUACAACAAGUCAAUAUGAAGGAAACUAAAACACCAUAUGAAAAUUUUAAAAAUCUCUUUUUAUAAAUCAUGAAUGUGUUUUAACAGUGGCAUUUCCACAGAGUGGCUUUUCAUCCACCGAAUUCCACUUUUUUACUCAAUAAAGGACUAAGGUCUCUAUGUACAGUUACAAACUUUUUACUCAGUGUUAAGUUUCCUUCUUAUUAACUUGUUAUACAUAAUGCGGUUUGCUGUGUUUUUUUCAAAGRAAUAAUAUUAAAGAGGAAAAUUUCAGAUCUAAAAUAAAAAUAUAU